GCCAACGUUACCUCGCAAUUACCAUGCCUGAACCCGUCCCUCAACGCACCAUUUCUCCCCUGGCCACCCUUUCAAAAACACAGAAGAAAAAGAGAAAAGCCAAUAAACCCAAAGACGCCGUCGCCGUCGCCGCGUGGACAGUUGCUGUUGAGGAGUUGGACGCCGUCCUUGAACCAGCCCCAGAACCCAUCGAGGUCCAGGAGCCCAUCAUUGCUCCUGAACCCGUCCCUUCCACUGAAAAUCCCAGCACUCCCCUCUCCGAAGAAGGAAUUUUACUCAAGUCAAGCCCGGUUGUUGAUCUUGUUCAUAAGCGCUUAAAAGCAACCUCGAAGAAAAUUCAACGGAUUAAUGGGUACGCUGCCGCAGAUUCCAAGAAACUGAACGAUGACCAAAAACGGGCUAUCAAAACCUUGCCUACCCUUGAAGCAAUUCAAAAGGAGUUGGGAGAGGUGAAGAAGGCCAGCGAGGUUCAUGAAUUCGAAUUGGCAGCAAAGGGCGUUGAAACAGAAAAGGCAGAGGAAACUCGCAUUGCGCAAGCCGUUUCUGCAGCUGAGGCUAGGCUAGUGUCAGAAACAGCCAACAUCCUCAAUCUCCUCCGUGUGCGAGGUGCUGGAAUUCCAAGUUUUAUUACUGAUGACGUAGAACGUACUGUCAUAUACGCUGCUGCUGAUGCCCUCCUUGGUGACGAUGUUGAGAGAAAACACACUGUUCUCAACGGCUUCUUGUUCGACGCUGGCAAUUUGGAUGGCGUCUCUUACUCACGGAUAACGGAAAUCACACAGCUGAUCUUCAAACCUCCUCGUGCACCAACGCCCGACGAACCAAUUGAAGAAAAGUAA